AUGCCACCUGCUAAGUCCACAAGUAUGGUCCAUGCAUCCAGGUGUAAAUCUGAAACAACAAUAAAAGAUCCCAAAAAUGUGAGACCGAAAGAAAAAAAGACUUUGCCAAAAACGAGUGAAACGAAAAAGGGGCAUAAAAAAGAUGAAGUUAAAAGGGGCCCAUCCAAACAAACUGGAAAACCCACAGAGAAGCCAAACAGCAGCAAGAAAACUAAUAAUGUAAGAGUAGCGGCAAAGUCCAGGGGGUCCAACCAAAAGCCCCCCUCAAAAGCAGUGAACAAGAGGAGGGAGAAAGAGUCUGAGGAUGAGAGCGACCAGGCAUCGAACAGCAGUGAAGGAAGCUCAGAGGAGGCCACUGAAUCGGAUUCUGAGAAGCAAAAGGAGGAGGAGCACAGCAGUGAGCAGGACAGGUCUACCAGGUCCACCAGCAGUGAGGAGAGCGAGCACAAGAGCUAUCAGGAUGUAAAACCUACAGCCGAACAAGAACCUGAACCAAAAAGUGACUCAGAUAAAGCUGCCAGUGAAUCUGAAGAGGAACAAAGCCCAGAACCUUUAAAUAAACCAGAAAAACAGCAGGGUGGAGACAGUUUGAAAUCAGAUAGCACAGAUGCAAGUGAUGAAGAACUAGCCAAGAAACCUAUCACCAGAUCACGCAGAAAAACUAGACAAAGUUCAGCUCCGAGGACUGUGCAAGCGCAAAGCAAGAAGAUGUUUAGGAAAAACAAGGGAGACAAGGAAGCAGAGAAACAAGAAAAACGUCUAGCAAAAGCAGAGAAGCAAAGACUGGAGAAGGAGGCCAAGCAGAAGGCAAAAGAAGACAAGAAAAAUCUAAAAAUUCUCAAAAAGCAAGAAAAAUCCAAGAGUAAAAAACAAGCGGCUGGGGGUGUGUCAAACAAAAAUGAACCUACAAAGAAGAUCGUACAUGAAGAUAGUAUGGAUAAUGCCAGUGAGGAGGAAGAGGAGGAGGAGGAAGAUGUGAUAGAGCCAAGUCUAUCCACAGCCAUGAAGGCUCAAGACCAAGUGAAGCUGCUCAAAAGCAAAAGUAAAGACUUACAAACACUUCUGGAGUCUGAAGGGAAAGAUCAAGACCAAAACAAGGGCACUCCAGACCAGAGAUUUCUCAUCAAGAAAGCCCAGAUGAAGGCACUACAGAAGAAAACCAACACAAUACUGAACAAAUCCAAACAGGGAGAGGAAUUGCUACAAGCUAAAGCUGCAGAUGGGGACAUUGAAACAAGCAAAAUCACAAAACAAAUAAUAUCAGGGAAAAAAGGCAUGACGACACUUCACAAAAUGUCUGGUUGGAUUCAGAAGAAAAUGCACAGAGGUUGUAAUUUGAGGAAAAAGUUUUCAGUUUGGGCAAAAGCUAUUGGACUCUCUCGCUGGCUCUCGGUUCAGGCAGGAAAACGAAAGCAAAGUAAACCUAGAAGUAACUUGUUCAAACAUAGAAUGGCUGUCAAAGUUGCUGGUAAAACCACUUUUGCCAGUAAGAAAAAGAAAACUUCAGAAGCCGUAAAAGAAAAAGAAACAACUCUUGAAGCGUCUUUAGAAGUGGAGGAGCGUUCCACUUCAGGAGACAAAGAACUAGAAGCAAAAUUUGCAAUUGUUUUGCCAAGAAUGAAUAAAAUCAACAAGUCGAAACCGAAUACCAAUGAAGGAGCAUCUACAACAUCUGGGGUUAAUGAAGGAGCUUCUGUCAGUGGAGAAUCAAAACUUCCAAAACCUGGUGCCCGGCUUGUCCUCCCAGUCAAACCCGACCUUACCCUCCUCAAAUCCAUAAAGAAGACUCUACCAGUGGGUAUGCAUGCCAUGGAGGAUAGGACUGAGAGAGAGUUUAGAGAUUCACCAGGCAUAUCAGAAGUUUCCGAAAAUGCAGCAAAAAGGGUAGCUCUCACAAACCUAAAGGACAAUGGUAUUUUACAAUCAGCCAGAGCAAAGAUGGGCCCCAUGUCUAGUACCACACCAGCAGGAAAUGUUGAAACUGUGCCUGCUCAAUCUGAAGCUACUCCACACUUUCAAAUGAAUCAGGCGGGAUUGAGAGUGGCGAAUGUGCGCUCUCUGUACGAAGAGGAGACAGAUAGGGAAGUGGCUGAGCUCAUGGGGAACAGAGCGCUGUACACCAUCAUCCAGCCAGAUAUGCACUGGGCAGAAAACCCCUGCAUGAGUGGUGACCCUCAGACAGUGGAGAAACUGACCCGAUGGACAGUGUAUGAAGAUGAGCGUCAGGCUCAGACCACUGUGUCUGACAAAGGCAGGGGUCCGUGGGAAUCUGAGGACCCCACUCAAGAAAUGCUGGAGCACCGACUACUUAGCACACAGGUGGUGCUGCCGGGUAGUAACAGGCUUGUGGAGGUAGAUGAGCUGGAGGAUCUGUCCCAGUUAGAAGAGACCUACAUUGGAAACAUGCUGCUGUCUAUUAACCCUUUCAAGCCUCUUAACAUCUACACAGAUGAGCUACGGCUGAGAUACCAAGGCCAGGAGCAGCACAGAAACCCUCCUAGUCAUGUGUACGCUGUAGCAGACACAGCUUAUAAACAAUCCCAGGUUUCCUCACAAGAACAUUGCAUCAUUGUCAGUGGACAGAGUGGAUCUGGUAAGACUGAAGUUACCAAGCUGAUAGUGCACUACCUCAGCUGUAUGUAUGAGGACGGAAAUGGCACAUUACGGCAGCCCAUGGAAGUCUUUCAUAUCCUGGAGAGCUUUGGAAAUGCCAAAACCAUCCUCAACAACAACUCAAGUCGCUUUGGCAAGUACCUGCACAUACACAUCCUGCGGGGGUCUGUCGUUGGAACCUCUCUCUCCCAAUAUCUGCUGGAGAAAUCAAGAGUAGUCUUCCAGGCCAGUGAGGAGAGGAACUUCCAUGUGUUCUAUGAGAUGUUGGCCGGAAUGAACGAAUGGGACAAAGAGGAUCUGUACUUGCAGGGAGCUGACACAUACUACUACCUGAACCAGGGUGGCGCAUGUGAGCUGAAAGGAAAGCAAGAUAAACAGGACUUCCUGUUUUUGGUGCAAUGUUUUGAAACAAUCGGUCUGCACUCAGAUCAGAUCAGUAUAGUGUGGGCCAUCCUGUCGUCCAUUCUGCAGCUGGGCAACAUCUGCUUCAGCUCCUACGAGAGCGAGUCGUUUGAGGUGGCCCGGAUCUUCAGCCAAUGCGAGGCCAGGAGGGUGGGCUCCCUGCUGCAGGUCUCCUCUGAGGCUCUCCAGACUGUUAUCACACACAGAGUCACUGAAACCACUUAUGACAGGAUCUACUGCCCCCUUUCUGUUGAAAGUGCCAUUGAAUCCAGAGACGCCAUUGCCAAAGCCUUGUACUCGGUGCUCUUUCAUUGGCUUCUGGAACAGAUCAACGAUUGGCUGAGUCCUGCAGAGAUGGACAGCACAGUGGGCGUUGUGGACAUUUAUGGUUUUGAGGACUUGGCAGUGAAUAGCUUUGAACAGCUUUGUAUCAACUUUGCCAAUGAACAACUCCAGCACUUUGUAAACAAGGCUGUACUCACUCAGGAACAGGAAGAGUACCGUGCAGAACAAAUUCAGUGGUACCCAAUGCCUCUCAAAAACUCAACUUCCUGCGUAGAUCUCAUCUCCUCUCGCCCUCAUGGCAUUCUCCGCAUCCUGGAUGACCAAACCUGCCUUCCCCAGGCUACAGACCACACCUUCCUUCAGAAAUGCCACUAUCACCAUGGGAACAACCCAUUCUAUGCCAAGCCCAAGAGCCCCAUGCCUGUGUUCACGGUGUAUCACUACGCUGGAGCUGUUACCUACCAGGUUCAAAAUUUCCUGAAUAAAAACCAUGAUCAGUUCCGAACAGAGGUCCUGGAACUGUUUGCUAAAAGUCGUCUGAACAUGGUGUCAGAGCUGUUCAGGAAGGUCCAUGAGGGCUACAUCCAGCAGAGGGAGCUGGGCUGGAGAGGCAAGCAACCCACCACUGCAGCCUCCCACUUCCUUCAAUCUCUCAAUGAACUCACACAACGCCUCGAAAGAUGCAAAACCACUUUUAUCCGCUGUUUCAAACCAAACUAUGUGAAGCUUCCAGGGAUAUUUGACUUGAACUAUGUGUCAGCUCAGCUCAGACACGCUGGGAUCCUGGAAACUAUCCACAUCCGUAAAGAGGGCUAUCCCAUACGGAUCCAGUAUUCCCACUUCAUGCAGAGAUAUGGGGUGCUCCUGAACCUGCGCGACAGUCAAGGCUCAGACCGGGAGCAGACUGUGGCUCUGCUCAGCUCAAACGGAGCAGAGGCAGAACAGUUCCAGCUGGGACUCACCAAGCUCUUUCUGAAGGAGCGCCUGUACCAGGUGCUGGAGGACAAGUGGAGCAGCACUCAGACCUGGGCGGCCAUCACCAUCCAAAGGAACAUCAGAGGCUUCCUGUGCAGGCGAAACUUCCGCUUCUUCAAGCAGAAGGCCAUUGUCAUCCAGAGCCACAUCCGUGGACACCAGGCCAGGAAGUACUACAAGAGGCUUAGGCAGACCAUUACUCAGUUCUGGGCUGCAAUAAUGAUCACCAGGAACACCAUCAAGCACCACCACUGGAGGAAGCUGACGCAUGCGUCUUGUACACACCUUUCCACUGUCCUGGACUUCACCCCCUCUAAUGAGAGCAAACAACCUGGAUUUAAGACAAAUGAAACUAUCAUCGGUUACGGAGCAAAUAGUUCAGCCUGGUCUUACAGAUUGCGAAUAAAGACUGACAGUUCUUUCUGUUGGCUACAACUGUGGUUUCAGGAUUUCCACGAGAAGAAAAAAACAAAGUUAGUGACCAAGGCAAAGUCUCUUCUCCCAAGUAUGGAUGUGGGGCGGCUGGAGAUCCCUGCUGAGCUCUCCGCCAGACUCCAGGCUGAAGCAGGACAGCAUCAGGGGCCAGAGGUCAGUGCAGUGGCCUCCCCACAGGUCAGAGCUGAACACAAGCUCAGCCUCCCUUCAGAUAUCGACCGUUAUCCAUUCUCUCGAUACGCCAAGACCUUAUUAAAGGACACAUGGAGCCAGCCUCAAGGUCACCCGCUCCAGAGACCCCUCACCUCUCUGGAGCUAGAUGAUGCUAGAAGUGCCCUGGACCUGAACAAACUGAUCCUUCGGUUCAUUGGUGAACAGAACCUGAACCCCUGGCAGGAGCAGGUGUUGGGGAAUUUCAUUGUUGAGAAGUGCCAGAACCGCCCAGCUUUAAGGGACGAGAUCUUGGCCCAACUGGUGUACCACACAUGGGGACAGAAGGAGGAUCAGAGAGGCCUUAGGGGCUGGCUCCUCCUGGCCUGUUGCCUCAGUGCCUUCUCCCCCUCACCUGCACUGGACAGGCCCCUACUCAAGUAUGUCUCUGAUCAGGCUCCAGACCGGUACUGUUCUCUGUGCCAACAUAAACUGCUGACCUCCCUACAGCUGCCCGCUCCCAUUGCCCGAAUUUACCCUCCCACACAACUGGAGUGGACCUGCAACCAGAAGAGGAGUGGCAUGCAGCUGGAAAUCCACACCUUCAAUGAUGAGAAACUGACAGCAGAAGUGGAGUCCUGGACCACAGGGGAGCAACUGGCUUCAUGGCUCCUUCAUUUCAGAGGAGUGACGGAAGCGCUCCAAGGCUGGUCAGUCUCACUGUUGGCAGAUGAAACCUGGACAGAUCUGGCGGGCUCCGACUUUGUCAUGGAUCUUCUGGCUGGAGCAGAGGCGGAAGUGCCACUCCCCCCUGGGACCCCCUCGUCACUGCAGUCGGACUACCUCUUCACCCAUGGAGACAGGACUGCCUCUUCAGAUCUGGAUGGCUUUAUCCCACCGGCUCCUCCCAUGCAAGCACCAGAACUUCCAUUACCAGAAGCAAACCCCUGGAGAAGGGACUACCCACAGGAAGGCCGAGGUCGGCAGAUGGACGCUUAUGUUGAUGACUUGUUUGAGCCAGUGCUGGAUAAUGGACCUCCGGAUGCAGAGCGAGUGGCCCAGCUAAACCGCAGAAUGAGAGGAGCAGGAGGAGUCGGACCAAUGCGCAAUGGACUUUAUGGAGCAGGUGUACCUAUGUCAAUGCCUACUUAUCCAAUGGGAGCACCAGUGACUCCCUCCAUGCCUGUCUACGGCACCAACCCGAUGAUGCCAACCAUGCCAGCUAUGAUGAUGCCACCGAGCCCAGCGAUGAACCCGAUGAUGAACCCUAUGAUGAAUCCGAUGAUGCCCCCUCCCAUAGCGGACCCCAUGCAGAUGGCAGCCACUCAACAGGCCCUUAUCAACCAACAAGCUGUUCUUAUGGCUCAGCAGAUGACCAUGCAGGCCAUGACUCUAUCCCAGCAGCAGCAACAGGAGAUGCAGAAGAAACAACAGCGCCAAAGAGGGCUGAGAGAAGAGAGAGAAGAGAGAGAGGAGCGGGAAGAAAGGGAGGAGAGAGAAGAGGAGGAGAGGAGAAGGAAGAGACGCUCUCAGCGCAAACCCAAAGAGCGCUCCAGAUCACCAUCUCCACCGCGCUCCCCUCCAUCUUCCCCUAAAAACAAAACAACAGCUGUCAAACGCACCACCAGUGUCAAGAGGCCUGAGCCAGAGCCAGAGACAGAAGUAGACUUACCUGACCCUGAAGACCUGCAGUCAGUCCGAGACAAGUUGGAGUUCUUUGAGAAAAUUGGAGAAAACGGUGUGAAACAGCGCCCAGUGUCUCCCUUGUGCCCCUCUUCCUCCUCCCCACCUGUGAGACAACAUCACUCUCCACCCCGGUCCACUCCCUCUCCUCCCCCUGUCAAACCCAAACCUAAAGCAAAGAGCCCAAAGCCUGCUCCUGCCAAAGAAGACAGCACACCCAAACCAAGCCCUUUGACCCAACCACGCCCUGAACCCACCUCAAACAUCAGAGAAAUCAUCAAACAGUACAACAGCCGUCCUGCUCCUGCGCCAGUGUCCAUCCAGCCUGCCAGACCAAGUAAAAAGCAAUUUGUGAAGAAGACUGACCCUAAACAGGAAGCUCUGGAUAAACUAAGAAAUAAGUCCCCAGCUAAAGAACAAAAGAAACAGUGGACCCCUCUACCUCCUCCCGUCAAGGCUAAACCGGCCCCACCUCCUCCCAGGGCCCCCUCCCCACCACGCUCUCCUGUGUCCACUAGGGGGCGAAGAGCCAUUUCUAACAACAUGAGGCAGAAACAGCGCCCUUUGGAAGAGCUGUUCAGUUCCCAGCGCUCAAAGCAGGCACCUCCUCCACCUCCACCUGAAAUGCCUCCCCCUCCACCUCAAGCCCCUCCUCCUCCACGUGAAGCUCCUCCCCCUCCACCUGAGCCUGCACCUUUUUUUUACAGCAUCCCGGACCCCCCGGAAUUAGCCGCUCCCACUCUCAUUGAAGAUGAUGAAGGUCUUUCCUCUCGGUUACAUCGCUUCCUCCCUCAGAACUACCUCUCCUACGCCAGAGUCCCUGGCAAGUUGUUCCUACGUAAAGAGGUGUUUUAUCCUAGAGAGCUGUUUAACCGGGCCUACGUUCUCAAUCUUCUGUGUGAACAGAUCAUGAGAGACACGUACUCAGACAGCUGCCUCCGGAUCAGCCGAGAAGAGAGGAGGAAAAUGAAAGAUCUACUUGCAAACUUCAGUGUUGGCACAACAAUAAGCACGAUCCAGGAUGACUUCAUGAAGAAGAGAAUUGUCAUUGCGGCUCGAGACAACUGGGAGAACUAUUUCAGCAGAUUAUUUCCUGUCAAGGUGGGCAGUCAAGAUGCACAGAUUUUAGGAGUGACCCAUCGAGGGAUCCGCCUCCUCAAGGUGGUCCGUGCCUCGGGUAUCAACCCCAAACACCUCCGACUUCUUCGUAGCUACAGUUUUGCAGAGAUGAUGUCUGUAGAGCUCAGAGGUCCAGAAAAAGUGGAGGUGGAGCUGAAAAACGAGAACAUGGUGCUUCAGUCUACCAGGGCUCCUCAAAUCUCUGCCAUGAUCAGGCACUUCCUACAUGAACUCAUCCAGGGCUCAGGUCACGUGGUGGCACUGAAGAGUCACAUAACAGAUGACAAAAGCAUGCUCAGCUUCACCAGAGGAGAUGUCAUCAGACUGCAGGCGGUAGAAGGACUCCAGACAGGCUGGAUGUUUGGUUCCACCGGGGGGCGCUCUGGUCUGUUCCCAGUUGAACUCACUCAACCUUCUGCUGCUCCGGACUACCACGGUCUGCACCUGGACCGAAGAGAUGAGAGGAGGAAAAGCAUGAGGAGCAUGAGGCCUCCCCCAGGGCCUGCUCCACAGGGGCCCAUGUCACAGAGACCACCUCAGCAGAGACGACUUUCACGGGGGCCACCUUCUGACAGCAGAGACUCUGUCCAGGGCUCAGUUCAGGGUUUGGUUCAGAACUCUCCUCGGAGCUCUGUCCUAGGUCCAGAGACCUACUCUCCUAUGGCUGAGUUUGCCAUGAAAUACUUUCGCAUUGGAACCGACGGCUUACCACCCGCUGGGAGGAGCUUUUCUGAGACUGUCAAAUAUAGUAAUGUGCCGCUGCAGGAGUCUCUCAUUCUUUACAAUGACCAAGAGUUAAACCAGCAGUCUGUGCAGUGCUUCAGCACCCUAUUGCAGUUCAUGGGAGAUGCACCUCUGCCUAAAAUCAGCAGCCAAACCAAAUGCCUGGGCCACAUAUUACUGCUGGGAAAGGAGAAUGAACUUCUGAGAGAUGAAAUCUUCUGCCAAAUUGUGAAGCAAAUUACAGACAACCCUAAUAAAUCCAGCUGCACUUUAGGCUGGCGGGUGCUCAACCUCUGCACUGGUUUCUUCUCCUGCUCUGGGACACUCCAGCCAUACCUCUGCCAACACCUGGAGCUACUUGCUUGCAACCCACACAACCCUUAUCAAGAGUUGGCCUCAGUAUGCCUUGAAAACCUGCAGCGCUCUUUCUCUUUCGGAGGCCGUCGGACCAUUCCUUCUGAAAUAGAAAUGGAAGCUCUCAUGGCUGGAAAAAGCUCUCGUCGAAUCGGCGUUAACCUGCCAGGAGAAGUGGAGAUCCCCAUAAAGAUCCGCAGCUUUAGCAUGGCUAGAGACGUCGUAAGUGAUGUCUGCAGUGAGAUGGCCAUUACAAACCCAGCUGAAGUGAAUGAAUUUGCCAUCAUUGCCAACCGAGAUAAAGAUGGCGUGGCGAGACCCCUCCACCCUGAAGAAUAUGUCUUUGACUUCCUUCUUGACGAUCUCUCCAUAAGUCUGUCCCUGAGGAGGGUCAUCUGGAGGAGCCCCCUGUCCUUCAACAAUGACCUCUACCUUGACUUCCACUACCAGCAGUUGUUGGAGCAGUACCUGAGCCAGCAGAUUCCUCUGGGCUCUGGGGGGGUGCAGCUGAUGGCAGAAGUGACUGCUCUUCAGAGAUUGGCAGAUGGACUCCAGAGUGCUCCGUCACUAGUGGAGCUGAGGCAGUAUGUGCCCACCCAGGAGCCCGAGGGGCAUCUGGAGGAGCUCCUCUCUCUGUGUGUGGAGCAGAUGUCACAACUACAGGGCCUCAGUUCUCAGGAAGCCAAGAUCCAGUUCAUCGAUUUUGUAAUUUCUCAGCCUCUGUUUGGCUCCAGGGUGUUUUGGGCUGAGAAAGUGAGCCAGCGUGGUGCUCCUUCUCCCUGUGUAGUCAGCAUUGGUCACGAUGGAGUGAGCCUCAAUCACCCCAAAACCAUGGAGCAAGCAUUCCACAUCCCACUAGAGGACAUACAGGCCAUGCGCACUGUUCGCCCAAAGAAGAUGGGCAAAGUUCCAGGAGUGGAGAUUACUUACGGAAACCCAGUCCGGCCAAAGAAAUUAUCCAUUAAAACCAAACAGGCUAAGGAGCUAUGCCACAUCCUGGCGCUGGUGAUUAAUGAGCUGGUGCAACCUCCAGUCAGCAGCUCUGUGUCCAACCACUAGCUCAUGCCAAAGCAUAUUAUUCGAGGACUUCUGUGAAUCUGAUAGUAAUCAUUCAUUGUUUACAUUUUGCAGUAAUUAUGAAAAUAAAUACAAAAUUUUAUAGAAAAUCAAAUAUCAGACCAAACCAA